CAAACAUUAAGUGGAACGUGGUUGACCACAUUUAUGUAUAUGAUUUACCAAUAAUAGAUUUGUGUACAAGGCUUUGAGCUAUCAAGCGAGAUAUACUGAUUAGGACAAUCUUUCCUCAAGGUCCUACCAUGCCAGACAGGUCGGUUGAAGAACGGUGAGACUAAAUGCAUCAAACUCAAGGUCCGAAGGCGACGCCGUACAGAGAUGUGACGGCAGUAAGGUGUUUCUUUCAUGAAACCAGCAUAACAGCGGUGAUGCAUUCCCACUAGGAGGGGUGGGGUUAAAAAUGUCGAUCCUAAAGAUGCACACCUUGCCUUAUCUCACGGAUAUCCGUCUCCGACUGUAGGGUCCCAACAAGCACGGAACUAACAUGAAAAGGUCGUGCGUGACUGGCCUCAAGCAGUUGUCCAAUAGACACUGCAGUCCCGCUCUCGGGUCACUAUGACCACCUCUAAUCCAAUUUCCUUUUCAGGUACCUCCAGAAGAACCCUUCCACAGUGUGAACAAAUGGAAAGUGAUAAACACCCUUACACCUCUAAUAGCACUCAAGACCACUGUACUGAUAAUCAAUUCUUCUCAUCAAUCAACAUUAUUCCUCCGACAUCGACUUUCAACUCUAAACAUACUCUUUCAACUUCCUCCUCAAGUGUCACCAUAGCCAACGAUUCUAGUGCGCAAAACACUGUCCCAGGUCUACUGAAACCUCGCUCCAAACUACACAUUGGAGCCUUCAACGUACGCACAUUAUGUCAAAUCGGUCAGCAGGCCUCCUUAGAUAAACCCUAGAAUUUCGUACCAUUGACGUAUG